GUGUAACUACGUGUUAGUCCUGGUGCCUUUAACUUACAAGCAUCUUGGAGGGAGGAGGGGGGAAAAAAGGACUCCCCCUCCCCAGCUUUUAUCUUGGGGAAAGGAACAGCUACGCCGCCGUCGCAAGUUUGUCAGCUUUAAACAUUAAUAGCCGGUAUCUUUCCGCUGGGUGGAAAAAGGGCAGGUUUUGAAUGCGUUUUCGGACUUGGAUGAAGUUGUGCAUGGAAACUGAUGAUAUUUGAACCCGCGGAAGGGAGAGAGAAGAGGUGGGUGUCGGAUAUAGGACUUUUUUUGCGUGUCUGUCUUAUUCUUUUGCGCAUGGUUCACAGGGACAAGCUUGUUUAAUUUGGUCAAAGGUGGAAAGGUUUUCUAAAGCUUCCUAAAUCUGAUUAAAGCAGCACACAUCCUGAAGGUUUUAUCGUGCUGAAAAACAAAUUCCCGAGGAAGAUCUGCAGUGAGAAACCGAACCAGAAAUCCAUAAAAGUAAUAUAUUAUAGCAAUAUUGAAAUUAUGGCUCUGAGGGCCAAAGUGUUGUACGAUUUCCACUCUGAAAACCCAGGAGAGAUCUCCAUAGCAGAGAAUGAGGUGGUGACUCUGUUCAGCGAGGAGGAGCUGGAGGGCUGGCUGGAGGGGGAGAACAGCAGGGGGGAGGCUGGCCUCUUCCCUGCCUCUUACGUUGAGAUCAUCAGAGACCACAUCACCUCCAACAAUAAUGGCUUGUCUUUGCCUCAAGCCAAAGUCCAGACCUCCUACACACCCUCCCAAUCUCAGAGAGGGUUUGGGGCUGAUAGCAGCAGCUUCCACACCAGCCAGGGUAGUGAUGAUGACUGGGACGAUGAGUGGGAUGACAACUCUCCUGUGGCCAAUGCUCCUCAGGGUCUCGGCAGCAGCCCUCCUUUGCACCCAAUUGCCACCUCCCUGCCAGGCCGUGGGAGCACCCCACAGCACCAGCAGCAGGCCAAGAGUUCGGCCACAGUGGGGAGGAACCUCAACAGGUUCUCCACCUUUGUCAAAUCUGGAGGUGAGGCCUUCUUGCUCGGGGAGGCGUCAGCUUUUGUGAAAGAUGGAGAUAGGAUCUGCGUGGUGAUGGGAAAGCAUGGACCAGAGUGGCAGGAGGACCCCUAUCCAUUCACGUGCACCAUUGAUGACCCCACCAAGCAGACAAAGUUCAAAGGGAUGAAGAGCUACAUGUCCUAUGGCCUUACUCCAACGCACACCAAUGUCCAAGUCAACCGCAGGUAUAAACACUUCGACUGGCUCUACGCUCGGCUCGUGGAGCGGUUCCCCGUCAUCUCGGUGCCCCACCUGCCAGAGAAGCAGGCCACGGGCCGCUUCGAGGAGGACUUCCUAUCCAAGAGGAGGAAGGGUCUGAUCUGGUGGAUGAACCACAUGACGAGCCACCCUGUGCUGGCACACUGUGACGUUUUCCAGCAUUUCCUCACUUGUGGGGCAGAUGAGAAGGCAUGGAAGCAGGGAAAGAGGAAGGCAGAGAGGGAUGAGCUGGUCGGGGCCAAUUUCUUCCUCACGAUCAGUCCGCCGUCUGUGCCUUUGGACCUGCAGGAGGUCGAGAAUAAGAUCGAAGGCUUCAAAGCGUUCACCAAGAAGAUGGACGAGAACAUUGUUGUAGUGAACACCAGCAUCAAUGAGUUCGCCCGUAAACAAAUGUCAGGAUUCAAAAAGGAGUACCAGAAGGUGGGACAGUCCUUCAAAUACCUGGCCCAGGCUUUUGAGCUGGACCAGCAGGUCUACUCAGUGGGCCUGAACAAGGCCAUAUCCUACACUGGGGAGGCCUACGAGGCAAUAGGAGAGUAUUUUGCUGAGCAACCGCGGCAGGACCUGGACCCCAUUUCUGACCUUCUGGACCUCUACAAGGGACACCUGUCCAACUUUCCUGACAUCAUCCAUGUGCAGAAAGGCGCGCUGACCAAAGUGAAAGACUGCCCGAAGCAGGAAGGUGAGCUCCACGACCGCUGCAACAUCAUUUCUUUUGCCACGCUGGCAGAAAUCCAGCACUUCCACCGCACACGUGUACGAGACUUCCGCUCACAGAUGCAGCACCACCUGCGCCAGCAGAUCAGCUUCUUCCAGAAGAUCACCGCCAAGCUCGAGGACGCACUGCAGAGAUACGACGAUGACCAGUAGCACAAGAGGGAGGCCAGGGAGAGAUCAGACUAGGAAGGCCUCACAGAAAUGGGGGGCGAGGGGGGAUGGGAAGGAUCAAGAGGGAAUCAGACAGAAGUAAUGUAUGGGUUUAUCCUCUAGAAAUGGAGAACAUCUUAUUGUCCUUUAAAAGAGAAAACCUUAGAGACUUGUGAUGAUCCCUCCCUGUCUGGUAUGAGCAUUGGAAGAAAAAUAUAGGCCACAUGACAACUUCUUGUAUUAUCUGAAGCUCUGAUGAAUGUACCAUUAACUGGGAUUUUUGCUGACGCUCCAGAGACAUGUUGCAACUCAGCAGGACUGCAGCAGAUAUUUAAAACAGCUGCUCUCAAUAUGACUGGGGCUGCGUUUGAGUCACAGCUUCAGGGUCACGUGACUGUCUCCACUGUCUCUUCACGGGAGCCCUCGAUCGGGGAAGAACAAUCAACCCAACAGAAACAAAGACUGGAAAAUAACUAAAUAACUUUAACUGGAUCUUUAAGUGCCUGACAAUAUAAAUGUACUGAUUAGUUUAAUCUCAGUAUGUUUAUUUUAACUUGAAUGACCUACUCAGUAUUGUUUUGAUAAGACAGCAUAAAAGAAAAAAAAGCAAAGAGGGCACUGUCUGCUUUCCAGAAUCAGUUUCAAGUCUGGAUUUUCAUCACAGCUUGAAAUCUAACCUACUUGUGAUGUCUGACUUCUUUCACAUCACCCUCACCUUGUUUUCAUUUGAAACCUUUGGUGGUGGAACAUUUUUGCUUUGAAUGUCCACUGUUCACUUAACAUCCAGAUGUUUUUAUAAAAACCUGAUGCUACAUCUGUGCGUCACCUCUUUCAGGGUAAGGUCAGCCUCUUUAAAAUGCCAGCUAUUUCUGGCAUGGAAACACUAAACCCAGAGCGUGCAGGCAUUGAUUGUGACUAUAGCAUGUUUCAAAUGCCUUUGAGUCAAAGCUCUUUGUUUGAGAAAUAUGGCAGUCCCUGUGAAACUGAUCAGCCCAUACAUCUCAGACAUGUAUCACUAGCAGAGGGAUUCAUUUGAUGCUAUCGGGGGGGAUGACGUUCAAAUACUAGACACCACAGCUUUUCUACUUUGUCACCAUGCACAUCGACUCGUCAUGUGCUGAUAUAACGAGCCUGAUUCACGCAAGAAUUUAAUCAGCAGGAAUUGCAGACUGAGCACCCAGAGGGACAGUUAGGAUUUGUUUAAUAUUACUUAUAUUUUCUUAAAAUUAAAAAAAUGCAGAAAACUAAGAGAUACAGUUCAGUGAAGUGGUUUACAGUUUCAGCUACUGUCAGAUUUAUACUCACAUGUUGUAAUUUCAGGUGUGACUUUCCUGUGAUUUUACUUUACAUAGUUUGUAAUGGGACAAACCACCAUGCUGGUUGGUUUUUUUUUGUUGUUUUUUUAACAAUUCACUUGGAUCACUAGAAGUGUUUCCCUUUUAAUAUAACAUGAUA